ACAAUCAUAACAGACUUCACAGAGCGGUAUUGAAAACAUAUUGCGCCGGUGUUAUACAAAAGUAAAUUAAGAGAUCAUUUGAUUAAUGCUUGUUUGUAAAAGGUAUAAGGUAUACAUUAUAAGAAACCUAUGAUAGCAGCAUAUGGUCUAACAUUAACAGAAAGAUAAAAAGAAAAAUGUACUCUGUAAAAUCAAGAUUAGUGGCCUCACCAUUUUUAUGGCACAUAAAAUUUAAGCAAGCUGUUACACAAUCUUCAUCUUGGCUUCAAUUCAUUUCUACUACACAACAAAAUGCAGCCUCAGCAAAAUCAUUGGAUGAAGAUGCAUCUGGGAAAUUAGCCUUUGUGGUAGAAGAUCAGAAGCACAAAAAGAAACCUCGCAAGAAAUAUGAGUCUCAUAAUAAUUUUCAAAGACGUCAGGCCCAAGACCUCCUCAAGAUAAGAGAUAAUUUUUCUAGCGCAUCAGCACUGAAGUCCAAUGAAAACCUCAUGGAAGAGAAUGCACUUGAGAAGUGGCACAGGUUUAAGGAUACAGAAUAUGACAAAAUUUUUAGACAGUCAAGAAAUCUCCUUCAGGAUGAUAGUGAGGAUGAAUACUACUUCUUCAGGAAUGGAAAUCUCAAAGAUGCAAAUGUAAAGUUGAGUAGCACUCCUGAAGAUAUAGAUCAAAGACUUCACAUUGAAUUUCCUCUUCAGUCAGAUGCUAAAAAGAGCGGAGUGAAAUUACAGAGUCCUGAUGCCUAUAGAACAUUUCCAUUGCUGAAGAAUAAACAUGAAGAUGUAACAGGUGAUAAAGGUGACAGAAGAGAAGAAAAGUUUGUGGAAAUAAGUUUGGCAAAAAGACACAAACCACAGUAUUAUGGUCAGCAGAUGAAGAUGCUUUGUAAAGAAAAUAAGCUACUUGAAGCUUUGAGAAUUUUAGAAGAAGAGAUGUCAUCAGUGGGUGUCAAACCAAACAGUUACUGCUACAAUGUCCUCAUUGGUGCUUGUGGCCGAGUAGGUUACACAAAAAAGGCUUUCCAGUUGUACAGUCAGAUGAAAAAAAGAGGCCUGACACCUAAACAUGUCGUAUUCACCAGUCUUUUCAAUGCCUGUGCUAAUUCACCCUGGCCGUUCACUGACGGUCUUCAGAGAGCAACCAAGCUACAUAAACAACUAAUGGAGAAUGGUAUUAUUUUGAACAAUACAUCUUCACAUGCCAUGAUAAAAGCAUUUGGUAGAUGUGGGGAUAUCAACACAGCUUUCCAAAUUGUGGAUGAAAUGGUAUAUAAAGGGUUAUUAAUUACAACAGAAAGCCUGAAUUUCUUGUUACAAGCAUGUAUUACUCACCAAGAGGCUGGCUUUCGACAUGCUCUUUUAGUAUGGAGAAAGAUGCGUGAGUUGAAACUGUCCCCAGAUAUAUACUCCUAUAACUUAUUGGUUCAGUGUAUCAAAGAAUGCCAAGCAGGGGAUCCACAGCUGACUUCUCAACUUCUCCAGGAAACUCCCUCUCCAUCUAUGACUGUGAAAGGAACUCAAAAGCCCAAAAUCAAUGGAGAGCACACUGAAGAAAUUUUGCAGAUAGAAAGUAAAAAGAAGCCAUCAGAAAGGGAGAGCAAGGCACACAUAGAAGCUGAUAGAUAUGUGAAGAGUGGAGAAAAUAGUGACAGUCUCAUAGAACCUGAAUAUACUGUCAUUGAGGUAAAAAGAAAAAUGGAAAAUGCUCAGGGGGAUCAGCAAGUCUUACCAGAUCUCUUGGGGAGAAAAAUGACUGUUGGCAAUGUUAUUGGUUUAAGCUCUCUACAACAACCAAAGGAUAGGCUGGCUCUGGUAGGAGGACCAGUUGGCAUCUUUAAACACAUGGCAGAAGACAAUGUAAAACCUGACAUCCGAACAGUGGCACAGAUAUUGGAAUCUUUACCUGCAGAUACUCAGACAGAAGAGGCUUUAUUGGAUUCAAUGAAGAAUAUUGGAAUUGUACCAGAUUGCCAGUUUUGCAACAUGCUUAUUCGCAGGAGAAGUUUUCGCAGAGAUACUAGUGCAGCCAAAGAAGUAUUGGAUUACAUGCAGAAAUAUCAUCUUGUGCCUGAUCUCAUAACCCUUGGCUGCCUGGCUUUGGGUUACCACCGCUUGCAUGACGCAAAGAACUUUCUGAAGGAUAUGGACUCUUUGGGCUUCAAGCCAAAUCUAGAGAUAAUGACAUCUCUGGUGAAAAAUAGUUUAGUAAAGACAGACUACUAUUUUACUGUGGAGAUGCUCUUUGAGAUGAGAGACAGGAACAUUGUCCCAGAUGAAUGUCUUAUCAACAUCCUUGAGAAGGCUCGAAAGAGAGCACGUGAUAUGAUCUUGAAAUCAGAAGAAGAUGGUGAUAACUUCAAACAAAAGAAUAAGUUGAAAGGAAUGAGGCUCUUCUUGCUAGAAUAUAAAAACUGGCUGAAAGCAUCAAGUAUGCAACUCCCAGACCACCCCUGGGCACAGUACAGAGCAGCAACAACAACUCAGAGAUGAUUUGUUAUUGGAUCAUCUUAUUGUUGUGUAGUAGUGUUUCCUCAAUAAAAUAUGUUAUUUCUUUAAUGUAAUGUAAGAUAUUUAUAGAUAUCUUACAUAUUAUUCUUGUACAGAAUCCGAUUUACCAUCAGAGUUUUUGAAAUUACAGCUAGUCAUAAAUAUAUGAUAACCAAGAUGAUGAA